AGGUGCCUGUCAGGGAGGAAAAAUAAACGCAGUGAGCAGAGCUCCACACCCUGAAGGGAAGGAGAAGUUUCACUGCAUUCCUGUCCUGCAACUCAACUUUGAAUCAACCAUCUGCAAGGACAGAUCCGUAGUGUGUAAGUGUGUGUGUUUAGGUCUGUGUUCAGGACCCCUGACCAGGCCCCACCUUUAUUUCAGGACAACUGUGUGUGUAUGUUCGUGUGUGUGUUGUCUGUGCUAUUGUGUGUGUUCAAACAUCACACUGGAGGGGGUGUGGGCCAGCUAUCCACAUACGCCUAUUGACCUAUACCUCAGCGCCCUGUCAGGGAGAUGAUGACAUCACUAGGUGAUAAAGGUGAAGGCCACAGGGAGACAACGGCAUUGCUGGGUAAUGAAGAUGAAGGCUCCGUCCAAACCCAGACGAAGGUCCUGAACCAGGGCUCCUGGACGCAGGUCAGCUGUCCCUGCUGUGUGUCUGAGCAGGUGGAGCCCCUGGUCCUCAUUCAGCUUUCAGACAACAUCCAGCCCGUCACCAAGAGGUGGCUCAUCUCCCUGAUCGAGGUGCCCGAGAGAGACGGAGGCGCAGCGUUGCUGGCCCACCCUGGAGAGGAUGAGUGUGGGGAUGUGAUCGUGGUGUCUGCUCCUCGCUGCACCCUCCUCAGAGCCACAGAGGACUUGGGUCUGUGUAAGAAAUACCACAAUGGAGACAUGGUUGCUUUCUCCUACAAUGACAGAGACAACUUCAGAAAUGUUGAUGACAUGCAGGAGUUCCUGACGCUAGCGGAGCGUCAGUACAUAGUCAAGUAUGAGCUGGACUUUCUAAGGGCCCAGAAGGGGCAGAAAAUCCCUGGAGUCCCUGAGUCUCAGGGGGUCCUGAAGGCCAGGGAGAACAUAUGUCAGAAGCUAGAGAAGGCGGGAGUGAUAAAGGACAUCUUCCCUCUGCAUGACAAGCAGAGACUGACAGACCUGUGCAGAAACUGGUACUCUGGGAAGCAGAUAUGGGGACAGCCUCUUGACUCUAUCCAAGCCUACUUCGGAGGCACCGUGGGGUUUUACUUCAGCUUUCUGGACUUCUACACCUGGGCUCUGGUGCCCCCUGCUAUCCUAGGCCUGGUGCUGACCUUUCUGCUGCCUGGUGGUGGAUCAGGAGCUGGAGUUGUGAAGGAGCAGGCUGGGGGGGUGGUAGAGGUGGACGACAGCCCCUCGGUCAGCGGUCACAUGGUACAGGCCGUGUUCAGCAUGUUGUGGUCCACGCUGGUCAUGGAGUUCUGGAAGCGACGCAGCUCCUCCCUCUCCCACCGCUGGGGCUUGCUGCACCUGGCCGAGCGCUUCGCUGAGCCCCGCCCUGGUUUCCACGGCACCCUGGGGAUCAACCCUGUGACCGGGCGGCUGGAGCCCCUGUUCCCGGAGUGGCAGAGGCAGCUGCGUGUAGGCCUGGUGUCUGUGCCCCUGGUGGGGUUCUUCCUGGGGAUGGUGGUGCUGGGUAUGACAGGGUUCUACCACGGAGAGGCACUGGCACAGGGCUUCCAUCAGGACAGCGGCUCCCUGUUCUCUGGAGCUCUGCUCUACCUGCCCUCUGUGGCUCACAUCGUCUACACCAACAUGCUGGGGAAUGUGUACCGCACUGUGGCCAUGCAACUCACCGAGUGGGAAAACCACAGAGAGGAGUCCUCCUUCCAGAACCAUCAUACCACCAAAGUCCUCCUGUUUACUUUCUUCAACUACUUUGCUGUGCUAUUUCACAUUGCCUUCUACAAACAAGACCUUCCACUUCUAAGGAAGAGGCUUGCGUCUCUGCUAAUCGUGACCCAACUGGUGAACCAGUGUACAGAGGUGGUGGUGCCGUUCAUAGUGGACCGCUUCUUCAGUGCUCCUCAGAAGAAGCAGCAGGAGGAUGACCCAAAUGUGGACAAACUCAGAGCCCAGAGAAGCCUGCCCCCUUUUCCAGGCCUAUUUGCUGAGUACAUUGAGUUGCUGGUGCAGUUUGGGUAUUUGAGUCUGUUCUCCUGUGUGUACCCGCUCACCGCCGUCCUCCUGCUCCUCAACAACGUCACAGAGAUCAGAGCAGAUGCAUACAAGAUCUGUAAACUGUUCCGAAAACCCUUCUCAGCCCCUGUGUCCAACAUAGGAGUGUGGCAGACAGCGUUUGAGGUUCUGGGGUUUGUUUCAGUUAUGUCUAACUGCUGGCUGUUGCUACUGUCUCCUCGGGUCCGGGAGUUCUGUCUGGAGGGAGGGAUUAGCGGCAGAAACAUCAUUCUCUUCGCCAUUCUGGUCGAGCAUGUCCUGAUCCUGGUCAAGAUGAUUCUUGCUUUUAUGAUCCCAGACGAACCAGACUGGGUCAGAAUCAAGAGGGAACAGAUUGAGUUUCACUCCAUGCAAGCUCUUGGGCAGCAGAAGCUCUAAAGGUUGUGGAACCCCCCAGUGGUGGAAAAGUACUCAAUUGUCAUGCUUGAGUAAAAGUAAAGAUAACUUAACAGAAAAUGGCUCAAGUAAAAGUGAAAGUUACCCAGUAAAGUACUACUUGAGUAAAAGUCUAAAAGUAUUUGGUUUUAAAUGUACUUAAGUACAGUGGUAGAAAAAGUACUACAUUGUCAUACUUGGGUAAAAGUACAAAGUAAAAGUAAAUGCUGUACAUAAAAUUCCUUAUAUUAAGCAAACUAGUUGGCACUAUUUUCGUGUUAUUUUUAAUUACGGACAGAAAGGGGCACACUCCAACACUCAGACAUCAUUUACAAAGACAGUAGUUGUGUUUUGUGAGUCCGCCAGAUCAGAGGCAGUAAGGAUGACAAAGUGUUAUAUUGAUAGGUGCCAUAAUUCUGCUUGAGUAUUCUAAUUGUAACGAGUACUUUUGUGUGUUAGGGAAAAUGUAAGGAGUAAAAAGUACAUUCUUUUAUUUUGGAAUGUUGUGGAGUAAAAGUAAAAGUAGUCAAAAAUAUAAAUAGUGAAGUACAGAUACCCCAAAAAACUACUUAAGUAGUACUUAAAAGUAUGUUUACUUAAGUACUUUACACCACUGGGAACCCCUGAGGGGAAGUCCAUAAUCUGUCUCCUGUUGCCCUUCAAAUGUUGGUCUGGACCUGGGGGCUCAUUAGAAUCAGCUGCCAUGGCGAUGAGGGAGAGGAGGAUCCAAAGAGAUGUCUGUCUGACCUCUAAACCUAAAUCCUGGAGCCUGCCAGAGUAUGCCAUGAGAAGCUCUGUCAGUCUCAGUAUCUCACCCUGGAGGACUGCUCAAGUCAUAACUAGAGAAGUCUCUCAUGUCAUGGGAGAUGGCAGGGGUUUCAAACUAAUUUUGGUCCGGGGGCCAUUUGGUCUUCAUCGAGGUCUGGAGAGCUGCACUGAAAAUGUGCUAUAUUUCCUCACUGUCAAAAAGUGCAAAAAAUACUUCUCUAUUGUUUUUGAAAAUGUUACUCCUUGUCUGUCUAGCUUUCAUUUCUGUGAUUUUUAGGAUGCUGGACACACUCAAGAAACUGUAAGAAUAUAGGUCCAUUAGCAUUUCUACACAGUUUCAAUGUUGUUUUAGUCAUUUUAAAGUAUAAUGAGUUUGAUUCCCACUUUAAAAUGUAUUAUAAUAAUUUAAAAAAUAUAUAUAUGUACAGUACCAGUCAAAAGUUUGGACAAUAAUAUUUAAAUAAAUAAUAUAUAUAUAUAUACAGUACCAGUCAAAAGUUUGGACACACCUACUCAUUCAAGGGUUUUUCUAUAUUUUUACUCUUUUCUACAUUGUAGAAUAAUUGUGAAGACAUCAAAACUAUGAAAUAACACAUGGAAUAAUGUAGUAACCAAAUAAGCGUUAAACAAAUUAAAACAUAUUUUAUAUUUGAGAAUCUUCAAAGUGGCCACCAUUUGCCUUGAUGACAGCUUUCUUUCUACAAUGAUUAGAAAAUAGUCAAAAUAAAGAAAAACCCUUGAAUGAGUAGGUGUGUCCAAACUUUUGACCGGUACUGUAUAUAUAUAUAUAUAUAUAUAUACAUACUGUAUGUAUACAGUGCAUUUGAACGUAUUCAGACCCCCUUUUGUUACGUUACAGCCUUAUUAUAAAAUGGAUUACAUAUUUUUUUUCCUCAUCAACCUACACACAUUACCCCAUAAUGACAAAGCAAAAACAGGUGUGUAGAAAUUUUAGCACAUUUAUAAAAACUGUAAAACUGUAAUAUCACAUUUACAUAAGUAUCCAGACUCUUUACUCAGUACGUUGUUGAAGCAUCUUUGGCAGCGAUUACAGUCUCGAGUCUUCUUGGGUAUGAUGCUACAAGCUUGGCACACCUUUAUUUGGGGAGUUUCUCCCAUUCCACUCUGCAGAUCCUCUCAAGCUCUGUCAAGUUGGAUGGGGAGCGUCUGACACCAAUCAAGUUCUAGAAACCUCUCACGGAUGGAUGAUCAAUGGAAACAGGAUGCACCUGAGCUCAAUUUCGAGUCUCAUAACAUUUCUAAAAACCUGUUUUUGCUUUGUCAUUAUGGGGUAUUAUUACUGUAGAUUGAUGAGGAAAAACAUGCAAUUUAAUCAAUUUUAGAAUAAGGCUGUAACGUAACAAAAUGUGGAAAAAGUCAAGGCGUCUGAAUACUUUCCAAAUGCACUGUAUAUGUCAAACCCCCCCAUCUAUCUAUCUAUCUAUCUAUCUAUCUAUCUAUCUAUCUAUCUAUCUAUCUAUCUAUCUAUCUAUCUAUCUAUCUAUCUAUCUAUCUAUCUAUCUAUCUAUCUAUCUAUCUAUCUAUCUAUCUAUCUAUCUAUCUAUCUAUCUAUCUAUCUAUCUAUCUAUCUAUCUAUCUAUCUAUCUAUCUAUCUAUCUAUCUAUCUAUCUAUCUAUCUAUCUAUCUAUCUAUCUAUCUAUCUAUCUAUCUAUCUAUCUAUCUAUCUAUCUAUCUAUCUAUCUAUCUAUCUAUCUAUCUAUCUAUCUAUCUAUCUAUCUAUCUAUCUAUCUAUCUAUCUAUCUAUCUAUUUAUUACUUAAACCACCUGCAGGCCGGAUAGGAACCUUUCGCUGGUCGAAUCCAGCCCGUGGGCCAUAUAUUUGACAUCCCUGUACUAGAGUGAGAGGCAAGGCACUGAUGAUGAAGGAAAACCAAAGAGCAAGAGCUAAGAGCUUUUGUGCGUUGUGUUAAUGCAGCUUCAGCAUAAGUGUGUUUGAGACUUCUUGAAAUAUUGGGUAGCUUUGGACUUUAUUGUGUGUGUGAAACAUACUAUGCAAGUAUUUCAUUUGCUGUAUAAUCACACAGGUGCAAAUAUGCAUAUCAUUUUGUACAUUUUUCCCGGCAGUGUGUUCCACGUACACUUUUAGGAAGAAAGGUGCUAUCUAGCCUAAAAGGGAUCUUCGGCUGCCCCCAUAGGAGAACCCUUUGAAUAACUAUUUUUGGUUCCAGGUAAAGGCCUUUUGGGUUCUACCUGGAACCAAAAAGGAUUCUCCUAAGGGGACUUCCCGAAGAACCCUUUUUGAACUCUUUUUUCUAAGCAUGUACUUUCACAUUAUGAGUGUUAUGUUAUACGCUUCAGGCACAUUGCAACACCACUGAAAGCACUUGAUAUCACAUAUCUGUGUACUUUUAUUUGAAGAUGACUAUAUUUAAACAUAUGGAUUGAUGAUGAGCUUGAUGUUGGAAUAUGUUAUGUUAUUACAUGUGCAUUAUCUGUAUCUUUUAAAAAGGAAGAUUUUUAGAACAGGUGCAGUGUUGGAUGAAUGUAAACAGCUGGGUUGAUGGUUGUCUUUGACUAAAUAAACUAAACAUACCUAAUCAUCCAAAAAGGUACUGAAA